CGCCCGCUCUCUGCUUCCGACGUGAGCAGUGAAGACGGCGGAGAGGAGAAGAGGCAGCGACACACACAACUACACUUUUCGAAAGGGUUUUCAUGUGGACAACAUUAGCAAUAGCAUCUUCUGUGUGGAUCAAAAUAGGAAUUGUACGAUUAUCAGAUUCACAUUCCAGGACACACUGCUUUAUCUCCCAUUAUUUUCAUUUCAUUAUCUCCUGUUUCCAAAAUGCCUCGGAUUGAGAAUGACAUCAAGUUGGAUUUCAAGGAUGUCCUCCUCCGGCCAAAGCGAAGCACGCUUAAGUCUCGCAGUGAGGUUGACCUAUUGAGGAGCUUCACUUUCAGAAACUCCAAGGGCGACUAUAGAGGCAUCCCUAUCAUUGCUGCCAACAUGGAUACUGUGGGAACCUUUGAGAUGGCCCUGGCUUUGCACCAGUUCACUCUUUUCACCACAAUUCACAAACAUUACUCAGUGGAUGAAUGGGUGGAGUUUGCAACAAAGCAUCCUGAAUGCUUGGAGAGUAUUGCAGUCAGCACAGGGACAGGUGAAGGUGACUUUGAAAAGAUUACAGCCGUCAUAGCGGCUGUGCCUCAACUGAAGUAUAUCUGUGUAGACGUUGCAAACGGUUACUCUGAACACUUUGUGCAAUUUGUCAAAGACGUCAGGCAAAAGUUUCCUUCACAUACUAUCGUGGCAGGAAAUGUGGUAACAGGUGAGAUGGUAGAGGAGCUGAUCCUUGCUGGCGCUGACAUCAUCAAAGUAGGCAUCGGACCAGGAUCUGUGUGCACCACCCGCAAGAAGACAGGGGUGGGUUACCCCCAGCUUAGUGCAGUGAUUGAGUGUGCAGAUGCUGCCCAUGGACUGGGUGGCCACAUCAUCUCUGAUGGCGGGUGUACCUGCCCUGGAGACGUCUCAAAGGCUUUUGGUGCUGGAGCAGACUUUGUGAUGCUGGGUGGUAUGCUGGCAGGCCACUGUGAGAGUGGAGGUGAGACCAUAGAGAAAAACGGCAAGAAAUACAAGCUCUUUUAUGGCAUGAGCUCUGACACUGCGAUGAAGAAGCAUGCAGGUGGUGUGGCUGACUACAGAGCCUCAGAGGGGAAGACGGUGGAAGUUCCUUACAAAGGUCCUGUGGACAACACAAUACGAGACAUCCUAGGUGGGGUCCGCUCCACCUGCACCUAUGUUGGUGCGGGAAAGCUAAAGGAGCUGAGCCGCAGGACCACCUUCAUCAGAGUCACUCAGCAGCUCAACAAUGUCUUUGGCAGUAGCUAAAUGUCUGCUUUUUGCAUCAGAUGGAAGGAUAAGUCUGCACCACUGUAUGCACAAAUGAAGAGACACACACAUUAUUACUUAAAUACUGACCUUUUUAUCCUUUUGGUUACAUGUAAGUACAGAUUCAUAAUGUUGAUUUCAGUGCCAUUUUAGUAUAUAAAGCACAUAUCCGGUAUCAUAGACCCUGUUCAGGCAUGUUAUUAUAGGUAUAGGUCUAAAAGCACCCAAUGAGUCACUCAAAAACCACAUGAGGAAAUGCAGUUCUUCAUUUAUUUGUAGCCACUCCCACAAUAUUGACACUGUUUAUUACUUUAUUUCUUUUUCUAACUGAUACACUCUGAACAGUGUGAGCAGAGUUGAAUUCCUCAGCUCCUCCUGAAUCUUAACUGGUUUCAAGGUAUACCACUGUAUUAAGAAGUCGAGUGAUCAAAACCCCCAAAAUUUUCUGUCAUACCAUGCCGUAGUUAUGAGCUGUUUUAAUGACUCCUCAAAAACAGAGUGCAGGUAGCACUCAUACAGUCCCUCGCCUACUCUGUACUGCUCACAUGCAAACAAACAGGACAGACACAUAUUUACAGUCAGAACCAGUUUUGUUUGUUCUCACAGAGACAUGACGUCAGUGUUUAUUUGAAUACAAUGCAAGUUAAACUCAAUCCAGUCACAUGUGAUCACAAGAGACACAUCCAGGAAGUGUGUUACGCUGCCCAUGUAUGAUUGGAUCACUCAGGAUAGACGUUUGUACCAGGUCUGAACAGGGCAGUUGUCUCUAUGCAGUAAGAUAUAAGUUGGAGCAGUAUCUCUUAAGCUUUUUGCAUGUCUGCAGUCUCAUCAUUCCAAUGCAACAUCCUUACAAAUUCUUCUUACACAUACAGUAUGCAAAGCUGUGUAAUGAGAUUGUAUUGACAGCCUUUGUCACCAAAAAUGAAAUGAUAUCAAAAGCCUUAUUUAUGUGACUGCUGGUUACUUGAAAAGUGAACCAUUUUUAAAAAAUGUAAUCAUUCCAUUUUGUUGCACUUUAAUGAUUUGAGAGUCGUAAGUUUCUCUUAUUGUUAUUAGUAUCAUAUGUCCCCUUCGGCAUGUACUACUGAACAUGCAUCUUCAUUAGUAAGAUUUGUAUGAAUUAAUAUAUGAAUUUGCUGUAAAUUCAGUGUGACUUCAGUAAAAGGGCACUAAAUUCAUAAUAUACAGAUUUUCCAUCUUUGGUUUUAGCUGCUCUUGAUCUAUACCAAUGUUUUUUAGUGACGCACACCUUUAAAUAGGUUUGAGAUGAAUAGCUUUUAAAUAAGCAGUCAUUCCUCUAGAGUUUUUCACUGCCAGUUUACGGUGUCACUUCAGUGUCUGUUGUCACUCAAUUUCAAUAUGUUCUUCCGUCAUCUUUGGUUUUGUUUGUUUUGUGCAAAAGUAUUUAUAUGUUGCCAAAACAUAAAAUGAACUUUGUAAUUGACUUCCACCUCUUAACCUUUUUAUUUAGUCAAUAAAAGCAUUCCACAGCUUAAAAUUUCA